AUGCAACCUUGUUUCAGGGUCGUAGAGAAGGAUGAGGUCGCCCUGAAUAUCAAAUUGUUUGCUAGAGGCACCCGACGCGCGGCAUGCCCAGAGACGCUGCAGGAGGUUGAGGACUUCGUAGAGGCGAUGCAGGUGUCCACGCGCAUAGAUCUAUUGCUGCGCCUAAUAUGCUUCCACCCGUGCUUCCCUGCCUAUGGCAAGCAAACACGGGCCAAGCGGCGCAGCUCGCACAGCAGACCCGUUAGACCUGACCGCCACGAGCCCAUUCAUCUCGACUGUCCAGAGGUAUUCUUCGUCGCCCUGAAAAUCUCCUUUCCAAAGAUCCAAUCGCCAAAUGCAGCAAACCAAACACCACAAACGCCAGCUCAAUUCCAAAAUCCCCGGCCGUCUCGACGGUCGGCCCGAUCCACCACAUUUGCGCCAUGCAGGGAACGAGGACGCCGAGGCAAGAGAAGCACGACCAAACGCAGCCACGCUUCGCGGCAGCCUCGCGGCGUUGUCCCAGGAGUCUGGAUCCUACCUCGCGCAGUUGACGCCACAGAACCAGAGGUCGUCGACGAGCACCACAGUCCACGGUCCACGGUUCACGUUGAGGAAUGCCGCGGACCAGUACCUAAUGAGAGGGACGAAGGUCUCCAGACUCUCAAUGAAAUCGGCAGUGUCACGAAUUCAACGAGACUUGCCACUGAUGCCAUCAUCGGCGCAUACGCGUCGUAA